AUGUCGAACAUUUCGAGCAACUCCGCACAUUUCCCCGACGAAGUUGACAUCAUUGUCGCUGGAGGUGGAUCCGCCGGCUGUACUCUAGCUGGACGCCUCGCCGCCGCUGACCCCAGCCUCUCCAUCUUCGUCAUCGAGGCCGGUAUCAAUAACAAAGAUGUCCCCAACGUCGUCCACCCCGCCAUGUAUCUUAGCCAUCUAAUCCCCGGUGCCCAAACCACUACCUUUCACAAAUCCAAGAAGAGUGAAAAGCUUAACAAUCGAGAAGCUAUCGUUCCAAUUGGAGGUUGUUUGGGUGGCAGCUCCAGUAUCAAUUUUAUGAUGUAUACCCGAGGUCAAGGGAUUGAUUAUGACGAUUGGAAGACUGAGGGAUGGUCAGGGAAGGAUUUACUCCCUUUGUUUAAGAAGAUGGAGACGUUCCACCAUGACCACCCGGGUAUCGACAAGUCCGUCCACGGCUACGAAGGUCCGUUCCACGUUUCACACGGUGGCUAUGCGUCAAAGGGCUUCCAAGAUGACUGCAUCCGUGCCGCCGCCGAAACAGGGCUCAAGGAAGUACCUGAUGCGAACAAUCUCACGGAGGCCAAUGGUAUACAGAAAUGGCUUAAAUGGAUCCACCCUACUACCGGCCGCCGUCAAGACGCCGCCCAUGCCCUUCUCCACCCUAUUUUAGAAUCGAACCGCACUGGUCUACAAGUUCUCACAGAACAUAAAGUCGUAAAAGUUAUCACCUCCAACGGUCGCGCGACAGGUGUAGAAUGCAUUCCAAAUAUAUGCGUUCAAACAAUAACACCAGCAACCGAGGCUCUCGCAAAUCCCAAAAUUAUCAAAGCCCGGAAAUACGUUGUCGUAUCUGCGGGCUCGCUAAGUACUCCCUGCAUCCUCGAGCGAUCGGGUAUCGGCUCCAAAUCAGUUCUUGAUAAGGCUGGUAUACCCGUUGUAGCUGAAGUCCCCGGCGUCGGUACGAAUUACAUGGACCAUAAUCUCUAUCUUAUGGCAUACGAUUCCACCCUAAAAGAGGGAGAGUCUUUCGACCCAUUCCUCGACGGCCGCCGCAGUUUUGACGCCGAAAUUGAUGCAUUCUCCAAACCCGGAUGUUCAAACCAAAUCGCCUGGUCAGCCAUGGAUGUUGCCGCUAAAGUGCGCCCUAGCGAGGCGGAAAUUGCGUCUGCGCCCGAGUCCUUCAAGAAGCUGUGGAGACGUGAUUAUGAAUCUCGUCCCGAACGUCCACUCAUGGUUGCAGUGUUUGGCCCAAUACACUUCGGCGACCACUCAGUUCUUCCUGUAUCACAAUACAUGACAUCUGCUAUCUUCCUUUCGUAUCCUUACGGUAGAGGAUACAUCCAUGUAACUGGUCCAAAUGUUGAUGAUGAAAGAGAUUUUGACUCUGGAAUACUUAGUGAUGACUGGGAUCUCGAUGCUCUAGUAAUUGGGUAUAAACGCCAACGCGAGAUCGUCCGUCGUAUGAAGUCGUUUGUUGGAGGAGCUGAGAAUGUUAUUUUGGGGCCAAAGUUUAGAGAAGGUAGCAAGGGUAGCAAAUGGGAUUACCCUACCGCUAAUGGUGCGGUGACACAAUAUGACGCGGAAGAUGAUGAAGCGAUCAAGAACUUUAUUCGAGACACCGUAGCGACGACAUGGCAUAGCUGCGGUACCUGCGCUAUGAAGCCACUUAAGGAUGGUGGUGUCGUAGACGGGAAGCUAAACGUAUAUGGCAUUGAGGGGUUGAAAGUCGCGGAUCUUUCCAUCAUGCCAUCGAACAUAUCCGGCAAUACUUAUGCAACUGCAUUACUCGUAGGAGAGAAGGCAGCGACUAUCCUCGCCGAAGAAUUGGGGAUCCAAAAUUUUUAA